AUGUUUGGCGUCGACUACGUCUAUCAGCGCUACCUCGAGCCGGUGUUUGCGCAAGCAGGAGACGUGGUUCAGUCUGUGCUUGAUUGCAAUGACACUCUGAAGUGCGCAACCAAAACCAUCGACAAUGUCGCCAAGGUCAUCGCCAAGUACAACAAACAGCAAGAUGCGACCGAGGAGAAAGUCCAACGUCUACAGAAAGACGUCAACAUGGUCACCUCAAGGUGGCACGACGCAAUCUUGACGGAUGCGAGACAAGAGGUCGAGACCAAGGUGCAAGACAAGAUGGUCGACAUCGACGAGUUGCUUGACAAGAAGUGGGAGCAACUGGAGGCCGAUGGAAUGGCCCGAAUGAGAACAAUGCUCGACAAUCGCGUCGAAGAAGCCCAGCGCGUCGACCCGUGGCUGGAAAUCAAGGCCAAGAGGCGGGACGAGAGCCUCAAGAGGCUGGAGGAAAAGAUGCCCAACAAGGCCGAGAAGGCUGAGUUGAAGAAGCUGGAUAGCCAGCACGCGGCUUUCGGCCGGCGCCUGACCAAAGUGGAGGCUGCCCAGCAGACCGAGAGCACGCAGCGCGCGAGCGAAAUUCUCGAUUUGGAGCUCAAGCACGUGGAAUUUUCCGACAAGGUCCAAACGAUCGAGCGCAACCAAGAAGCUUGGAAGGCAGCCGAGGCCGCCCGCAAGGAAACUGAGAACGAGUUUCGCCGCCGCUUCAAUGCCCUGGAGAACCCCCUCCUAGUCAGGCACGUUGCGGUCUCAAACCUGGGCCGCAUCUCGAGCGCCGCCGCCAACGCAGGACAGCACCAGGGAGAAACUGGUGGCUGCCAGCCCAAGGAAGUGGGAGCCCUGACUACGAAGGCCCAGGCCCACGAGAAGAGAAUCCAGAGCCUUGAGACAAGCAUGGGCGGACUCAACAUUGACGAGAUCAAGGGAGCCUUCCACAUCACGGAAGAGAAGUUUCAGCAAUACGACGGAUACUUCAAAGACAUUGUGAAGGAAUUCAAUGAGAUGAAAGUCGCCAACCAGAGCGAUCUCAAGGCUCACAAGGAUUCGGUGGAUGAGGCGAUGAGAAAGCAGCAGGAGGCAGCGGACCAAGCGCUAAGGCAGCAAAAGGACGCCGCCGACAAAGAGCUCAGCGACUACAAGGAGUCUGUCGAGGAAGAGAUGCGACUCUACAAGGCUUCCGUCCAGAAAGAGUUCGAGAGCCACAAAGCCUCAGUAGAUAAAGAGUUCGCCGACUACCGCGCAAAGGCUGAGGCAGAGACCAAGGUCCAGGACGAGCGCUAUAACGGCCUGGAGAGCCAGGUCGCAGCUCUGAGAGAUCUCAUGAACAAUAUGAAUACUGGUCGCCAAGUACCCCCGAGCCCUCCCGAGCCGCAACCACCGACGCCGCCACGGGCAGGUGGAUUCCAGGGCGUCACUCCAAGCCCAACGAGCAAGGGGAGUUCUGUCCAGGAAGACGAUACGCCGAUGGAAUGCGACUCUGAUGAUGAUUGCGAGAUGGAGGAUGUCCCCUUGCCAAGUAUACAGCCAAAGAUACCGCAACCUCCACAGAAGCCCUCUCAACAGCCUUCUCAGCAAGCCCCUCAGCAUCCCUCACGCGAGCCCGUCGCACAGACGACCACGGUACCAAAGGACACUGAGAUGUCUCCAAGUGCUGGACCGAUAAAAUCUCAGCAGGUUCAGACAUCGGGUCCUGAGCACAAGCCACAAGUGACAGGAGGAGGCAAGCCCUGCCUGAGCAAUGGUUCUGCAAAACCACCUGGCGCCGCGCCCACUGUUUCAGCUCCUCGACAAGGCCACCAGAAUUCAGUCGGAACCCCGCCUGUCGCUGGCAGCGGACCAUCACAGCCAUCUACUUCGGGCCCUGCGACACCUUCUCGAGAGCCAACCCUCUUCCAAAAGUCCAUCUUUUCAGGGGGCGCUCAUUCCUACACCAUCCCUCCUGGGCAGCCGUCAGCACCGAUACCCACCGCCAGCCCAAUCAAGGCUCCUGCUGCGCCCAAGUUUGACUUCAAGGGUCCUAUCUCUCCUGUCAAGAAGCCCCAGGGUCAGCCAUCGGUGAAAACCCCCGGCGCCAACCCUACCAAGGCACCCUCUGCACUCAAAUUCGACUUUAAUGCUCCUCUUCCUCCUAUCAAGAAGCCUCUGGUCGACUGCGAUGAGAAGCCAUCUUCGUCCAAGGCUAAUCUGUCACCGGCCAAGCCUGCUCCGGCCAUUCCUGCUGCCGGUGAAGCUGCUGCCAAGGAGUCAACUUCGAGCAACACUGGCCCAGCCUCUGUCGCCGGCAGCUCUGACUUGACGAACGGCAAUGCAGCCUCGAACAAUCGCAACACAGCUUCAGGCAACACGAAGUCCGCCGAGGGCAGGCCUGAUGCCUCUGCUGCGAGCAAGAACGAGGGUCCUGUACACACUGGUGCCUCGAGCACAAGUGAUCCUACGUCCUCGGCAGCCAAUACAACUGGCUCAUCCUCUGCCACCGGCAAUGUAUCAUCCGCACCCGCGACGCCGAAGAAGGGCCCGGCGCCAAAAUCUGGAAAGAAGAAGCCAGUCAACAUCUUCAACCAGCGCAAACCACCGGUGACUCCAUCCAAAUCUCCGGCAACCCAGACCAAGGCUUCCUCGAUUGCUAAGCAGCAACAAGCAGACUUUGCUGCCAAGUUCAGCACACCUCAACCUGCGAAUGCCACCCCUACUGGUGCUUCCCAAAAUCCAUCUUCAACUGGAGGCAAGCAGAGGUUCCACAUUCCAGGACUCGCAGGAGCACCAGAUACGUCCCCGUACCGGGCAUUGGCAACACCGCAUGCUUCCAAGCCUCUUGAGGGGUCACUAGCCAACCACGCUGCCACCUCUGGUGUGAUUGAGUCAGGAUCACGGGUUAAUAUCUUCGAGCAACCUUCAGAUCAGUCUUCAGAGCGCAGCAGCGAUGCGGCGAACGAUGCACUCGACGUGGCCGAGGCUAGCGUUGUAGAGUCGCAGAAGUUCAUGAACAACUCUGACAUUCAGAUGUCCGAGAAUGACAUGACGACAGAGAUUGCGGAGCCAGGAAAGCCUCUGAACCACUCUGCUAAUCAGAUGCCCGUUGCUGCACCAGGAACUACGCCUAUGGACACGCAGCCCGACAGGGCGGGUCCCGAGCUAUUCCUCAAGCCGCCCAAGAAUAUCGCCGACCGCCGAAUCGCGACGGUCCGAUCCCGCACAAAGAACUUGACCGAGGAAGUCAAGAAACUCCGCCUGAAGGACAAUGUUGAGCAAGCCUUCGAUCAAUUGUCCAAGUUGAAGGCUUCUCAGGAUGCAGAUUCCUCUGAAGAUGAAGUGGACUACGGCGACCCGAACGACGUCAAUGACCAGGACAACCGCACCACGGUUAUGGGACCUUCUAAGGCCUCGCCAAAGCAUACCAAGUAUACUAUCAACUUCCUCAAGGGUUGGAGAGCUCACGUCGUGUCGAUUCCAUUCGUGACCGAGUUUGCUGCAAAGAUGGACAUCCGCAAUCCAGAAGACAUCAAGGUCAUCCUGGAAAUUAUCAUGAAAUGGGACCGCUCGAUGAGCACCCAGGAAAUUCUCAAGGGCGCCGGCAUAGCGAUCAACACUCAAAAGCUCACCAUAUUCGAGCUGGAAGAAUGCAUGGCGCUGUAUCGCGAGGAAAUCUUCGUCGGGGCAAUACAGCACCAAUCUUUGGGAUCCGAGGACUGGAAUGAGUUCCACGAGCUCUUUACCAAAUACUACCAGCAAUGGCUCCUGGACCACUCGCCUGACGCCUUUUGA